UAUAUCAAAGAGGACAAAGGCUUCCUGGCAUGUUAUGAAAGCUAACCACUGGUAUUAUUUGAAAGUUUUAGUUGAGUCUAAAAACACUGUAAAAAUGAAUCUUCACCAGAUUGUGAGUGGUGCCUGCAACGCUGGCGAUAAAUGUUUUGCUGUUGGCUCUGUUGAAGGGGUGCCAUUUACUGCUUAUGCUGCAGGUUGCAAUAUUGUAAUCUUAGCUUCUACAUUUGAAAGAGUGCAAAUCAUCCCUGGUGCUAUUCAUGAUUAUAUUAGGAUAAGUUCCAUAGAUUGUUCUAGUGAUACUGGAAAAAUUGCUGCUGCUUAUGAUGAUGUUGUAUGCAUUUAUGAGCCUACUCCUUUAAUUCAUAAUACUUCUGCUCAUAGUUUUAAGAUAAAGCCUGGAUUAUUAUUUAAGGGCCUAGAUUAUCGCUGGGUACAAACUGGCUCCUUAAAAGCAGAUUCAGCAGUACGUGCCUUGAGCUGGAAUUUAGAAGGCACUCGACUUCUAACAGCUGGUUGUAGAGUACAAUUGUGGCAUCUGCGAUCGCAGGAUGAGGGGGGCAGUGGGAGUAGAUCCCCCAAAAACACAGUCACAUUUACACUCGGUGGCGGAGCGGGUGAUGAUGGGGAAGGUCAUGAUGGAGAUGGGGAUACUAGACAGCAAGAACAACCAUCAUGGCAGUGUGUAUGGAAAGCAGAAACUGCAAUACCAGUACAACAUUUGGCUUUCAGUCCUGAUGGCACAUUAUUUGCAACAUGUGGUGAAAAUGAUAGGCUUGUAAAGAUCUGGUAUGAAAAUAGGCACGUUUUGUUCACAUCUAAAAGCACCGAUGGUCCAUUGGAGUUAGACUAUGGUUUUGUUUAUAUUGCUCAUCCUAGGGCUGUGACUCACUUGUCUUGGAGGACUACUAGUAAAUAUAUGCCAAAAGGGUCAGUAUCAAACAUGCUGGUAACCUCGUGUAAAGAUAACAUUUGUCGCCUGUGGGUAGAGACUGUUCUACCUGAGGAUGGUUUGGUGAAUUUGUCUCAGCUGGAUCCACAAGCUCACCAUCCCAAAUUCAGGACUCAUCGCCAUAAGCAUAGGUUCAUGCAGAGGUUGAAGCACAUGAAAACCUGUUUCCAUAUAAGACGUAAUGCGAAACAUCAUGGUCACGGGACUGGAAAUCCGUCACCACCUAUACCUACUUUGCCAUCGACAUACAGCGUCCACGAUUUUCAUUCUUAUGGAUACCAUGGCACAGGAAUAACUCCAGGCCUUCAUUUCCAUCUAGCAGCAUCUGUAAACGCUGAAACAGAUAUUCCCUUGGUACCGAGUAUUACCUAUUGCAAUCCUAGACCAGCGUUCGUCCUUCACUGGCUUGAUAACAAAGAAAUGCAGUUCAGUUUACAAGCGGAGUUGUUUUUAGAAGAAUUUGCAAGGCCAGUCGUGGACAACCCUGAAUCAGAAGAGAAUCAGGAAGAACCUUUGAUGGAUUCUGGCGGUUCAGAUGGAGUUGAUGCAAGAAUAGAGACGUUCCUUCGCGAUUGGCAUCAUAGUCCAGAUUUGUUGUUUAGCAUUCACCCGGUAGAUGGCAGCUUCCUCAUAUGGGUUGUUGAAUGGUUGGACGAAUUCCAUCCAGGCUCCUUCAGACAGGCGCAAGUGUCAUUUUCGACUAGAAUUCCAUCGGCAUUUCCAUUGGGAGAUUCAAUGAGCAUGUCUACUACUGUCAGUCUGUACAAUACAACUCCAUUACUAAAGCAUCUAGUCAAAGAGGCUGUACACAAAGAGAUCUGUCACAACAGGGAUCUGACUAGUGUUAAAGAGGAAGAUGAGACCAAAGAGAAAGUAGAGAUUACCUGCACGACGGAAGAUCAGAAUGAAACAGCACCUACAGUAUUCAUGGUCACGAAACACGAUAAUGGAACUUUGAAUUUGUGGCAAAUCACUUUCGCGGAUAAAAGUAAAUUUAGCCAAGUAUUAAGUAUCGGUCAUAAGAGCAGAGCAUCAGGUCAUAGAUUCAGAGUCAACGACAUAACCUGUCAUCCGGUUCUACCACUAUUACUCACCACCAGCCAUCAUAACAUCGUCGAUCAAAAGUCUCAAGAUCGCAGCAGAACUGGUUUUUGUAGCGAAUUGAUCCUCUGGAAAGUCGACGCCGUAGGGCCGUUGUCCAAAUCGGGAGGUAUAUGCGAACUAGCAAGAAUCAGUUCACCAGAGCCGUCAGCUUUCAGCAAUGUAGCUUGGAUUCCAACUCUGCUACCCUCUAGCACCUUGGGGAACCUCUCUAAUUCCCCUAGUGCUUGUUUUGUAGCUUCAGAUGGUCAGUGUCUGAGAGUAUAUCAAGCAGUUAUUGAUGCCAGAACAUUGUUGGCUGAUAUUUCUUUUAAAGAAAAUAGAAAGCGUGAAGAUAACGAAACUGACACUGCAUCGGAUCUGUCGUCUUUUAACCAAGAGAGUUUGUUGGAGAAUAUUAAUAUUGUUUCUCAACAAAGUACUUCGAGACCUGGUUGUAUCAUUCAAUUAGAAACAAUUUCUGAAGCGAUACAGUGGCAGAAUACAACUUUCUUGCAUGUGUAUCAAGAACAGCUUAUCACAGGACAAAAAAGCACACCUUCCAACUUAUCUGGCCACGAUGCGAUGGUAGACCUACAACUAACUUCAGUUUUUGAAGAGCCAUUUUACAUCGUUCUCUUAGAUUGCACUGAUCAAAACACCAUCAUCCACAUGUGGAAACUGACAAUCGCCUCCACCGAUUCCGAAUGUACUUUGACAGGCAGUCAGAUGUACGUACCCGAUUGCAACAUUGUCCAAGACGAAAAUGAUAUGUCAAGGAAAAAUAGCAUGGAGUCUUUGCAUUUGAAACCUUCCAAGCUGAGCCCUCACAUUAAUUUGACAGUUACCAGGGAGGUGAAGCAAAUUCUUCCGCUACCGGAUGGGGUUGAAAUAGUUCACGCGGCCCCCGCAGCUGGGCAUCUCAGCUCAGCUUCUAUUUACCCGGCUUGUCUGGCGCCGUAUUGCUUUGCUACAGCGUGUAGCGAUGGGGUCAUAAGGUUUUGGACCGUGUCAGACAGGAGUCACCACGUCAAGGAGCUUAGCCAUUACAUGCUUGAGGAAGACGAUGCCAUAGUCAACACCGGGAAAGUUUGGACAGAAUGGACUAUGGUCAAAGAAUCAGCCAUAGAAAUAGAAGGGCAAGUUUUGAAUAUAAGUGUGGCAUAUUCAGGAAGACUUGCUUGCGCGUAUAAAUAUGGAAAAAGUUUCACGAGACCUAACAAGAAUAAUCAAGAUUCUAGGUUUAUCAACUUGUGCGUCGCCAUAUAUGAAUGUGAAUCAACUGGUGGAUCUGAAUGGGUUCUAGAAGACGUGAUUCAUCUGAAAAAUAUCCAUUUGCCCAGAAUAGAUAUCAACAAACACCUAGAUUUGAGCUACUUAUACGAUUCAAAGACUUUAAAGUGGAAACAAAGGCUCAAUGAAGUGCUUCACUCCAUAUCAAAUGACGACAGGCAAACCCUAGCUACUGAACCAAGUAUUAAACCUACUCUGCUAGCAGUUCCCAGUUUUACCACCUUGCAAUCUUUAAGAAAAUCUAUAUCUGAAAAGGGUAAUAUAUGUCCUUUGACCCAGAAACACAUUGUUCAACUGGACUGGGUGUCAAAUGAAGAUGGGUCUCAUAUCCUUACAGUGGCCUGUGGUAGCAAAAUAAUGCUCUACACACCUCUUUCAACCGAUUUAGCUCAGGCUAACGUUAAAGCUAUGAAGGAAUCCUUGAAUAACUACAGGCCAAUCUUGAGAAAAGCUAGUUCUUUGGCACAACCUCUGUUUGUUGAUGAUUUCAAAUGGAUGACUUUGAGAAAGAUCGAGCUACAGACUGCUGACGGGUUGCCAGCACUGCCAAUGCAGAUCAGUUGGGUAAGAGAUGGCAUAUUGGUCGUUGGUAUGGACUCAGAAAUGCAUGUCUACACUCAAUGGAAACCACAAAACCCUAACAUUCAACAGAUUGACAGUACUGACAAUGGCAGAGAUGUGGAUUUCCGUACAUUGACUCAAGAAAAUCAGAGAAAGCUAGCUGCAGUGCCAACACUUGGUCGAAUCAGUUCUGUGAAUUUAGCGAUCCUAGAUCGGAAAAGAAAUAAAGAGCCUAAUCUUGAUUACAUGCCUGAUUAUGGCUUAUUUGAAGCUUCUAGGAUUGCAUGUCCAGUGUUGCCUCAAUAUCAUCCCAAACAAUUAAUGGAGUUGUUGAAUUCUGGGAAAAUCAGAUGGGUGAAAGCGAUCUUAGCCCAUCUCGUAAAAUGUAUAGGAGGAAACCAGGAACCACCCGAAGAAGUACAAGGCUGGGCGAGAAGUAGAACCCUGUCUAUGAGUUACACUGCUGGUAGCCCAGAACACAGAGCAAGUAUUGGGGAGAUAGCUCUAGAUUAUGAUGAAAUCAACAAUAUCCCACCGUUGCCUUUGUGGACAUUACUCGCAGCUGAUAAAGAGUCUUCUGGAGCACAGGAAGAAAAGAAGGAUUACAAUGAGCUCUUCGAUAAUAACGUUAUAAUGGAAGAGUCAUUGGAUAACCUUCUGGACGAUUGUGAAGUUACCUGUAGGAGUGAACGUAGAUCUUCAGAAAGAAAUGUCAGCAUAACACACUUUACUCCCAAGCAAGGUCGGGUGUUGUCUAGACUUUUGACACACAUGCAUCUACCUGGACUGUCAAGUUUGGAUCAGAUGCACCUUCUUGCUUUGGCUGACACCGUAUCAACUUGCAACACGGAUUUAGCUGAGCGGUUUGCUAUAGACGCUGCAAAAUCUGCAAUGGUUAAAGAAAAUUUGAUGGGACAGACAGAAGAAAUGAUGACGGAGAAUUUAGAUGAUUGUGGAUUGAGAUUUUUGCUGGCUAUGAAGCACUAUGGAUACUUAUUGAGAUGCCUUCCACUGGCACAGAGGACGCAAUUCCAGAAAAAGGGUGUUGGUAGCAACAACCUCGCUUGGGCUUUCCAUUCUGAGAGUCAGGAAGAGCUGCUGAAUCUUAUUCCAAGUUACGCAAAAGGAAAACCGACUUGGCCUGGAUUGCGAGAACUCGGUGUAGGUUGGUGGAUUAGGAAUCUGACACUUUUGAGACAAUGUGUGCAAAUACUGGCUAAAGCAGCUUAUCAAGCUAACGAAGACCCGAUGGACGCUGCUUUGUAUUAUCUAGCAUUAAAUAAAAAGAGCUUACUAUGGGGAUUAUACAGAUCUAAACGGGACGACAGAAUGACAUCGUUCUUUUCCAAUAAUUUUUCUGAAGAUAGAUGGCGUAAAGCAGCACUGAAGAAUGCUUAUGCUCUACUUGGAAAGCAGAGGUUCGAACAUGCUGCAGCUUUCUUUUUACUCGCAGGAAACUUGAAAGAUGCAGUGGAAAUAUGCUUGAACCGUUUGCAAGACAUACAGUUGGCAAUUAUCAUAGUUAGAUUGUACAAAGGUGACAGCGAAGAACUGAUGCAACUAUUGUAUAGAGAGAUUCUUGGAAGGGAUGAAAACGGAGAAAAUCAAGACAUAACUAAAGCACAUCCGGAUCCUUUCCUUAGAUCGAUGGCUCUGUGGAACUUGAAAGAAUAUCAGGCCUCGUUAGAUACUCUUCUGAUGGGAAAUGUUGGUUCUCAACAUCCAGCGCAUGAUGAUGAGGCUAGAGAAACAAAGGAAACAGAUCCAAAUGUCUUCAACUUUUACGUAUAUCUCAGAACUCACCCGUUGUUAGUACGUCAGCAUUUGGCAAGCUUUGGAAAGAAAAAAGUGUGGCUACCUAGUGGCAGGCAGAUAGUCAUUGAAGAAUGGAUCACUCCUUUGGAGAGACAGCUGUAUUUCGCAACAGCUCAUGGACAUUUCAGAGCUGGGUGUCCAGCGUUAGCUUUGGAAGUGCUUUCGAAAUUACCUUAUGUCGUCGCGGAUAAACUAAAACAAACAUCAGUGGAGUCCAAAAAGGAUAACGAAGAAGAGAAGACAGAAAUUAAUACUGGAAUUAUAACAUGGGAUACAGCUCCACAAUCAAGUACGGAUGUAGACUGGGGUGCUCCAGCUACUGAUCUCGCAGUGAAAACUGAUGAUUUCAAAAUACAGUGGAGUGAUGAAGAGAAAGAUGAGGAUUCAGAUUCUGACGGUGGUAUAAGCAUGAAGAUAGGCAAGAAAGAUGAACCUACAGAGGAAGAAUUGGAAGACAUCGAGGAGGAAGAAGAAAUGCAACAUCAAAUUGAUAUAAUGGCCCAACAAUUGAAGUUUAUUGCUUGCCUGAAGAUACUUAUGGAAGAGCUGUCCACUUUGGCAACUGGUUUUGAGGUUGACGGUGGCCAGUUGAGAUACCAGUUGUACAUUUGGUUAGAGAAAGAGGUGGAGGCAUUGAGAGAGCUCUGCAACUAUACAACUUCUGAUGCAAUGGAGAAUUCAGUACUGGAACCAACAGCAGAAACUGAAACAAGUACGGAGGUGGCAACUACUAAGCCAACUCUUCACGAAAUUCUUGUUCAGGAAAAAUUGGACUUUGAGGCCAAGGUGCAGAGGGCAGCAAAGAGAAAACGAUGGUUAAGAGCAAACGAGACCUUGUUAAGAACUCUACUGAGUUACUGUUCACUACACGGAGCGACAGGUGGUUUAGCCUCAGUCAGGAUGGAGUUGAUGCUACUACUACAAGAACUGCAACAAGAAAAAACACACCAGCAGCUAUUGAGUCCUCUGCCUUUCCCAACAAGUUUGCCGCUGUUGGCAGCUAGUGUUGCUAGUAGCAAAACUGUUGUAGCGGACCCCAUAAGAUACCUGCAGUGUUUGACCCACGAUAUGCUGCAAACAAUGGUUGAAAUGUCUCAACCAAUGACCAGUCAGAACCAGUUAUUGGUCAUAAGGGACUUAGCUAUUGCUUUAUCUGCAUGUAUCUAUCAAUCACUAUGUGACUCUGAUACAUUCAAAAAUACCCUUCAAGAUGCACUGGAAAUUGGAGCAAUGCACUUAUUGGGCAGAAGGCGUAGAGUAUCAGUGAACGAAGGUAUAACUAUCAGUACCCUCCCCCCAAAAUGGCCUGGAGUUACAAGUUUAAGGGCAUUACUGGCAAGAGAAAAAGAUGAAGAUACGCCAAGACUAACGGUGAUUCUUUGUGAGGCAUUUACAUCAGUUUACAUGGCUCUGUUGCUAUACGGUUUGGUCAGUCACGAUCCUGUCAUACUUUACCAUGUCACAGCUCACAACUUUGACGCAGAAGUUUGGGGAAAGCUUUUUGGUGGCGGUACCAAAAAACUCCUCCGCACUGCCAGUCUUGCGGGUCCCAAUGCUCAUGGUCAACUGACGACUCAACAGAGUGUUCAAACUCCGUCAGAGGAAGCUAGCGGACCGUCUACUUGGCUUAGCAAGCAGAGAGUGAAGCUAAAUACAAAGUUGUUAGGGCAUCAGCCUUCAACGAUGAAAGAAGAUAAAGCAACAUAUAGAGAGCAGUUUGUGCCUCCCGACAUGAGCAUUUUGGCCUACCUUUUGCAAAAACCCACAGCUGGAGAUUAUAUAGAUGAGGUUGAAAGUGAAGCUGAGGAAACGGACGAAGAAGACGUAUUUGAUGCUCCAGCUAACACUAGGGAGAAAAUUGUCAACAAUGAACAUUCAGAUCCUAAUUCGUACUCUUGGUUGGUGUUGAAACUAUCCACCCUAAGGAUCGUUUAUAAUAAACUCAACGAUUUCCUUGGGGUCGCUGGUUUAGAGUUGAGCGAGCUACCAGUUGCCAGUCCUCUGAUUCAUAGCAGUUUACGUCGAUUGAGUAGAUGGCAGGAUGUGUUGAAGAGAGAGUUGGAUAGUAGACCAACUCCUCCAGAAUACAUUCCUGGAUGCUUUGUUGAGAAUACUACAGGGCCAACAAUCCAGAAGUAUCGACAAUUGUUGGAGCCCCACAAUACGCCUUUCUGUAAUAAGCGAUCCGCCAUGGCUGCAAAAAAUCUAUGGACAUUCUUAGUACACCAAGAAGCUGUCCAGGACAUAUUCAUACGGGCAGUUUUUGGUAAAAGACGUUCGUCCAGCAUUAUCGAGGAUGUCUUACCUGCUCCUGAGCCUACAGCUGUUGAACCAGUGAGGAUCAUACACAAGGAGCAGGAUUCUAUUGCAGCAUUUUGUCUUAAUCAGGUCAACCCUGGUCUGAUCGCGGUGGCUACUCCACGUGAGCUACAAGAGAUGGACAUUUCUUUACUCCUGGAACUACCGGCUUGGUUAGAGGAUGAAUGUGAAUUAGAUAUUCUAAAUUUGACUAAAGAUAUACCAGAUCCAACGAUUCCACCAUUCUUGGUCAUACAGAGCAAUACCGAUAAAUCCAAAGACACCCAGCCAGGCAGUCCUCAGCCUGGAGUAGCUGGUCAGAGUGGGAGGGGAGCAAGUGUGGUUCUGAAGCACAAAAUCGAUGGAAUCAGAAGAAUUACAGCUCAUCCUCUGUUGCCUUUAUAUUUGACUGGAGGUCAAGAUGGAUCGGUUCACCUAUGGGAAUGGGGUCACCAGCAGCCAGUAGCCGUUCCUAGAGCACCAGGAACAUAUGCUAAAGUCACUAGAGUUAGAUUCUCACAACAUGGAAACAAAUUUGGCGUAGCAGAUUCAGACGGAAACCUUAGCUUGUUUCAAGUUGGAUUGAGCUCCAAUGCUACCAGACCGUUCUUUACACAUCAGUGCCACAAUAAAGGAAUUAGCGAUUUUGUUUUCUUGGGUUCUUGCAGCUUGCUAGCUACAGCUGGUCACAGUUCUGAGAGCAAAAACGUUGCCAUUUGGGAUUCAAUCCUGCCCCAUGGAAAAUCAUUGGUAGUGGCAUUCACUUGCCAUGACCAGGGCGCUAGUAGUUUGGUAUUCGCCCCGCAGCACCAAGUGCUGGUUUCUGCAGGAAAAAGAGGAGAUGUUUGCCUUAUUGAUGUUAGAGCCAAGACGAUUCGCCAUAAGUUCACAGCACACGAGAGUGCUGUCAAAUGUAUUGCCAUCGAUCCGCAUGAAGAUUAUUUUGCUACUGGAUCUGCUGACGGUGACAUUAAGAUUUGGGGAGUGACUGUACCUAACGUCCUUCUUUCACUCCCAGCGGAGCAUGCACGUAGCAGUUUCUUCAAAAAUAUUGGACAGGGCGUAACUCAGCUACACAUAGAUUCGCACAACAGACUGUUCUCUUGCGGUGCUGAUGGCAGCAUGAAAGUAAGACAGUUACCGGAUAGAGAGUCCUUGCUUAACCACCAUCAUUAAUAAGCUUCCUGACGUUUUUUUAAUAGUUGCGUUUGCUUUACACAUGAUUUCGGAUAUGCUCUCCGUACUUUAGUUUGUUUAUUGCGUGAUGUUUUUACCAGACGUGAGGUGUAUAUCUCUUCCCUUAUCCUAACUGCAUUGUCAAUAGACCAACCUCAGCUAAGUGAGACGUCUCCUCACGUGCAGCUUUUAGGUUGAGUUUGUUAUGUGUUUGUUCAAAAUCCAACAAAUGUUUGUUGUAAGAUUUUCAACUUUAAUUACAGUUACAUUUAUUCUUUGGGCAAUUCACGUCUGCAAACUGCGAAAAUAUUUAGUCCUUAGUAUGGCUCCAUGAUGAAUUAAAUAAUUCCAUUUUUUAGGUUUUUUAACUAUGCGCUGAUUUGACAGCCUCAUCUUUUUUUGAACUGCAUCACUUGCAAAACAAACGCAACUAAUGCCAUGCAAAGUAUAACCAAAGGUUACCGAGUAAAUAGAACUUGGAAAGCUCAAUGGUCAACCCACUUUCGUCCUGUGGAUUUGACGGGAUUGACGGUCGUUAAAAUGACUGAGACGACUUUUCAACAUUGCAAGAGAAGUCUGGACUUCUCCCAACUCGGCUAUACUUUGUCUUAAAUUUUGAUAAAAAGUUGCAUGAUAUGGGGUUCAAGAGAGGAAUAAUCGAACAUACAUAUUUUGAUAUUGGAAGCAAAGUCCGUGCACAUAUUUAUUUGAAGUUUAUUCACAACCCUGUUUGAUCUUAUUGUAAUCAAAUCACCGGAUUGAUUAGUAACUCCUUGAAUUGCAUAUGUGCACUCAUCACCUUAGAUAUUAUAAACUAGUAAUAAUGUUUCAGAUGUAUAUUCCGCAAUAUUUUUGAUGUUGUUAAAUGAUUCUGAAUACGAGUAUAACCAUAUUUUUUGUUCAUUAUUUUUUUCAGCAACUUAUAGCUCACAGUUCAAAGAUAGGAAUCAGGUAUAUUGACAUAAUGCAUUUGUUGCUAACGUGUUUCAUAAUCGGUUGUUUCCAAAAAUGAAUUUUUCAUAGUCUGGAAAUUUCGCCCGCGAAAAGGCUGAGAAUCAAGACCAUUUCACUCUCUCUACUUCAUGAGGUUGGCUAAUAUACACUAUAUUCUAACAUCUUUCAAAGCCCAAUGCCAGCGAAUGUUGGAAAACAGCCGACUACAAUCACCAGCAUCGGAAUUCAGAAUUGCCAUCGCUGAUGCAAACGAAGAGUUUCUUAUUCAACUUUUACACUGGAUAUGAUUAGUGCUGCUCUUAGUGAGUCAACAUCGUGUCUUUAAUUUGUUUUGAUGGCUGUGUCUCUCAGUGUACAAGUACCAGUUCUUUUAUUUUUGAGCUGCUCUACUAUCUCUUGAUUACCCUGGUUUUAUCUAAAACUGCAUUUUGCGAGUUCACCGAUUGCAAACUUUCAAGUGUAUUUUAUUUUAAAGGUAUGCAGCAGCAUUUUCAAAUACAGUAGGGUCUAAGUAAAAAACAAAAAAUAUGGUAUUUUUAAAUAUUUAAUGCUAUUUCAGAGGUGGUUGCAAUUAUAUUACCAACCAGAUUUCAACAUCCUCUUAAUGCAAAUAUUGGUAAAUAUAUCCAGCGACGCAGAUUGUGCCUGAAUUGUUCAUACAUCUAAGAUGUACAGGUAUAUGAUCAAACCUGCGUUAAAAUAUUUUAUCUCCAUACUAUGAACAUAGAUAAUUUUUAUUGUCUCCAUAUUCAUUGCAGUAGCAUUUAUUAGUGAUUGCGUUAAGCUAGAAAAUACUAUUUUUUUAUUGAAAGGAAUUUUAAUCAUUCAUUAUUGUGUGGCAUAUUUACAUAAGUUUAUUCUUUUUGUCGUAUCAGAUAAUGCUGGCCUAAAACUGAUACUGAAAAUAUGAGUUUCUCACCUUUACAAACUAAACUUGUUUUGGUGUGUAACACAACAGGCAUGGAUUAUAUGAAUUGAUUUUAGUUGUUUUACUUUUAUCAGUAUUUCAUAUAAUAACUAAAAUAAUAAAUCAGUCUUUAUAUCAGAAUAAAUACUUUAGAUUUAAUUACACUUUCAUGUUAUGUGCACAAUGUAAAUUACAUUGAUGAUAUACAGUAGCCCUUAACACAUUUACAUUUUUGGUAAGGGUAAUUGAGGUUAGGAAAUUUCCGACAAUUAUCUUUGGAUAAUAAACUGAAUCGUGUAAUCUUACUCGUAGGGCCUUAAAAGCGAAUUAGUUAGAGAACAACUUACAGGUUUUAUAAAUCACUUUUGCUUCAUAAAGUAAAAAAAAUAACCUGCAGAAAGUGUGAUUUAUAACUUUAUGAAAACAGAAGUUAUUCGUAAAACCUGUAAUUUGUGCCCUAGCUGAUUACUUUUUAGAGCCCCACGCGGGAAAUUACACGAUUUACUUUAGUACAGGUGUUCAGUGGGAAAGUUCACUUUUUGAUUUAAAAAAAAAAUACAAACUUAAUGAAAAGAAAAUAUUUAUUACUAUCAAAAUAUUCGUAAAUUUCUUUAUCAUUCGGUCCAAAUGUUUGCCAUCUCUUCGGACACACUGAUCGCGCGCGCAAAUUCUGAAAUACCCUCUUGCAGAGUUCCGGAGGGAUGUUGUUUAUUUCUCGUCGAAUGUUGUCUCCUACAGUGUACGUGGAUUAUUGGAAUACACUUUUGACUCUAGAUAACCCCACAAAAAAUAAUCGCGUGGCGUGAGGUCGGGUGAUCUAGGAGGUCAGUGAAUGUCUCUUUUAAGGAAAAAGUGCUUUCACCGUGUCCAUCGAUUCUCUGGAAGUAUGUUCAGUGGCCCCAUCCUGUUGAAACUAUGUGUUUCUGUUGAAUCGACGUUCUUACAAUAGAAGCAAAAAAAGGUGUCAAUUGUAUCGCUCGGAAUUGACCGUCAAUGCAAGACCGUUUUCAUCUUCCAAGAAAUACGGCCCAAUAAUACUACUAGAGGAUAUGGCGCACCAAACAGUCACCUUUGGACUAUGUAGCUGUUGUUGAUGUUUCUCUUUUGGGUUUGUUGGUGCGCAAUAUCUGCAAUUUUGUUUUUUCACAUAACCGUCUAAGUGAAAAUGGGCCUUGUCACUGAAAACAACGUUCUCGAGUCUGCGUUACGUAGGCAAAAGAAUCAACAUCCGGUCAGGACAAGAUUUCCGUAAUACGAGUACGUAAUCACUUUACACUUUAUAGCAUGGACUAAUUGGAUUUUGUAAGGAUGAAUACGCAUUUAUUUCGUCAUUAUGCCAUGCAGUGUUGACCUAGGGAUUCCUAAAGCAGCGGAAUGUAUCCUUACAGAACGCCGAGGAUUUGCAAUGACCGAAUUACUUACUCGACGCACAUUUUCUUCGUUUGAUACAGUAGGUGUGGGGCCAGGAAUGGAUUGACUAAGAGCCUGUUUCACGGAACAUCUUUUCAAUAGGUUCUUAUUUGGGGCAUCUCUUGGUCGGCGAAUGUUGUAUCGUGUACAAAAUUUCCGAAGGGCAGCUGCGUAUGACUCAACACUAUUAAAGUAAGACUCGAUAUCAAAAGCACGUUGCGCUCCGGUCCAACGUUCCGUUGUGACUAUUUAACACGCCGAACGCGUAGAUCAAGACCUCUCCCCACUUCCUCGCGUAUAUGGUUGCCGCGUAAUUCAAAUUUGAAUUGUGAAUUUUCCCACUGGACACUCUGUAUCAAAAGAGAAUUAUUGUCAUGUGCUAAUCCAAAUAACUUUACGUAACGUCAGUACCCAAACUUCGCCUUAAUUGUAUUGAUAAGAAGAAGCAGUAAGACCGAAAAUCUUUAUGUAUUAUUUUGAGUAGAUCUUGUCUGAGACUAAAGCUAGACUUUGAAAUGAGGGUUGACGAAGCAAUAACUUUAUAUUUUUACAUACAAGGGUAUUGGCUACCUGUAUAUCAUUGAUUUUCCAUUGACAAUAUACGACAUUGUAAUAUUAAAAGAUGUAUAAUCAGAGUGUAAAAUAUUAAUGCUUUUUUAUGUAUAUGUAUCCGUACGAGUAUAAUAUUGAAUAUUGAAAAUUUGAAUGGCUGUUCAAAAGCUUACAUUUUUAGUUGAAUUGUUGGUUUUUAGAUAGAAUAUUAUAUACUGUUUAUCUGUGUAUUAUAUUAAUGUGAUUUUAGUGUUUAGGUUUUAUGUGAAUGUUG